GUUCAUUUUUCAUUUUAAAGGCAUGCAGUCAUUGUUAAAGACUGAACACCAUGUUAUAUCUCAUUACACGUGCAAUUUUCUGUAACAAAUGGAGCACCCUGCACGUGCACACUUAGUAACCCUUUUUACUUUAGUCCUUCAUGUUCAUGUUCAUGUGCUUUUCUUAACCUGUACAAGCAUCCUGUUCUUGCAAACUACUUAUUGCGUCAGUACGUUAGGGAAUGAAACCGAUCGACUUGGUCUUUUGGAAUUCAAAGCCAAAAUAGGCAGUGACCCAUAUGGCAUCUUAAGCUCAUGGAAUGAUUCUCUCAGCUUCUGCAAAUGGCAAGGAGUUACCUGCAGCCCCAAACAUCAAAGAGUUACAUCUCUGGAACUGCAAGGGCUGAGCUUGUCUGGAUCCAUAUCUCCAUGGGUAGGGAACCUCACCUUCUUGAGGUUCCUCAAUCUUGCUGUCAAUGAAGUACAUGGUGAAAUUCCCCAAGAACUUGGCCGCCUAUAUCGACUAAGACAUAUCAACCUAACCAAAAAUGCACUGACAGGAGAAAUUCCAAUCAACCUUAGCUACUGCUCCGAGCUGAAGAUUUUGGAUCUCUCUAAUAACCGCUUGGUGGGGAAAAUUCUUCCCGAGUUAGGCUCUUUAAAGAAGCUUGUGUUGCUCAGGCUUUAUAUAAACAAUCUCACAGGAGAAAUCCCACAGUCCGUUGGAAACUUGUCAUCCCUUCAAGUUAUUUCUGUAGGAAGUAAUAAUUUGCGGGGAUAUAUUCCCAACGAAUUGGGACGAUUAACAAGCUUAACAUUUAUUUCAAUUAUAAUCAACAAUCUGAAUGGUACAGUGCCUUCCAGUAUAUACAAUAUCUCAUCCAUAACCUUGCUUUCUUUUACCCAGAAUCAACUCAAAGACAGUCUUCCACCAAAUAUAGGCCUUACGCUUCCUAACCUGCGAGUAUUUCAGAACGGCGUGAACCAAUUCUAUGGAGCUAUUCCAAUUUCACUUGCUAAUGCUUCCCAUCUUGAAAUGUUUGACAUCUCUAGCAACUCUUUUACAGGAGAAGUUCCAACCAGUUUUGGAGAUUUGAAAAGUCUUCGACACCUCAAUUUGGGACGCAAUUUCCUUGGAAAUAACACAAGUCAAGAUUUGAGUUUCGUAACAUCCUUGAGAAACUGCAGCAAUUUACAAAAACUAUAUUUUGAUGUCAAUAAUUUUGGUGGUGUAUUGCCUAGCAGCAUAUCCAAUAUGUCUUCCCUCUUUGCACUUACUCUGGGAGGCAACCAAAUAUCUGGCAAAAUUCCAGCAGACAUUGGGAAUCUCGUUAACUUGUAUGUCUUGGGCAUGGAGGUCAAUCUUUUUUCUGGCAGCCUCCCCCUUUCUCUUGGAAAGAAUCAACAGCUGCAGAUAUUGUAUUUACAUACGAAUAAACUAUCCGGACAAAUUCCUGCAUCCUUAGGUAACAUUAGCCAGUUAUGUCAUCUUUUAUUAUUCAAAAACAAAUUAGAAGGUAAUAUACCAUCAAGUUUAGGUCACUGUAUAAAUCUGCAUUACCUAGAUCUAGCAGCAAAUAACCUGAUAGGUACCAUACCCCAAGAGAUCAUUGGCUCGUCCUCUCUAUCUUUGGUUCUUAACUUAUCUCAUAACACAUUGAUAGGUCCCAUACCCCAAGAAGUUAGCAAAUUAAAAAACAUUGGUACAAUAGAUGUAUCAGAAAACAAAUUAUCUGGCGAAAUUCCGGAGGCAAUAGGUGAUUGUUUGAGCCUAGAAAUCCUUUACAUGCAGGGUAACUUCCUGCAAGGACCUGUUCCCUUAUCUAUCGCAUCCUUAAGAGCUAUACGUUCAUCUCUUCUUUUCAUACUGGUGCGAAUAAGUCCAAGAAAGAGUCCAUCUCCCAUACCUCUUAUUGUGGAAGUAGGCUUCCUCGAAUUUCGUACAGCGCUAGACUCCUGCACCAGCGAACUGGGGCAUCUCCUUUUUCAGACAAAUUUUGAUUUUGCGACAAGUGUAGUUUUUGGCGUACAGUGUACUAGAGGAAAUCUUGGAUCAGCCAAGGCAGAGUAUUUAAGAUCUGCUGUAAGGUACUCAACUACACAGCAUCGAAGGGCUUCCAAGAGCUCAUUGCGAGGUGCAAUACAUACUACGAAUAUUACGGCACCGAGAAAUUCUGGUAAGGCAAGGGCUUUUGGUCUAAACCUAGCCAAAUACCUUCUCAUUCAAGGCCAACCACGCUCGAUUGGGAUGACACAGGAACAAGAUUGCUCGAUUGGGAUGAAGGGAACAAUUGGAUGUAUGGCUCCAGAGUAUGGAGUAGGCAAUGCAGCUACAACAUCUGGAGACACAUAUAGCUUUGGAAUAAUUAUGUUGGAGAUGUUCACAGGAAAGAGACCAACCGAUGAAGUAUUUACAAAUGGUUUCAAUCUCCAUAAAUUUGUUAGAACUAAGCUUCCAGAACAAGUCAAUCAGGUUAUGGAUCCAAUUCUUUUCCCAACAGGAAAAAUAGGGAUAGCAUCAAACAGUGUGGAUGAUAAUGAUGAAGAAAAUAUCCAGGAAUGUAACAUUAGUAUUGAAAAUUUGAGAGUAGAGGAAGGGAAUUUGGAGAAAUGUAUUGUGUCAGUCCUUAAAAUUGGAGUGGCAUGCUCAGAAGAAUUACCAGAAGAUCGAAUGAAUAUUUGGGAUGCUACAAGAAAACUAAACGUCAUCAAAGAUGCAUUUCUUCGUGCAAGUACUCCUUGAGAUCAGAAAACAAGAAAUUGAGCUACAACAUUAUUUAUCAAUUUGUGAGUAAAGGGGGAGCUACCCCUGUUAUAUAGACUAUAAUAUUAUUUGAUCUGUUGAACCUUUUAACGCAUAAAAAAAAUUAAAAUUAGCGUCUAUUUC